AUGGAGGCUGUACAGAGUGGUAAUAACCCGUGGAUGCACGCCAUGCGCGCUGGCGAGGCGGAGCCAGCGUUGGAUCAAGAGAUUGCGCGCGCAAGGCGGGAGCUCGCGAUUCUCGAGAUGCGUAAACGGCUUCAGCUGCUCGAAGAGGAGAAGAUGCAUCUCACCGUGUCGUUGAACGAGUUGCAAGGCUCUGCUGCGAGGGCUCCACCUCGAAAUCUGAUGUUGAGUGGUACUAUAGGAAUAUUUCUCGCAGAGUAA